AUGGCCGAUUUCUCAAGCGAGACUCGAUCCCUCACGGCUUCUUCCUCAUCCUCGUCCAUCCCAUCACCAACCACAUUUCCCGAUAUUCAUAGCGAUGUCCUCAUCGUCGGUGCUGGCCCAGUCGGCCUCACUCUAGCCUACCAGCUUCGCCGCUUUUCUUUACACCCAGCACCCCAAACCAGCCCAACCAAUGCACUACCAAUCAUUGCCCAUAUCGUUGAGAGGUAUCCUAAGCCAGCACAACAAAUGUUUGGGCGCGCUGUCACGUUCUGGCCUCGCAGUAUGGAAAUACUGGAUCAAUUAGGUUUAGCGGACGAUGUCAUGCAGCAAUGUGUUGCAGUUCGUGAAAGCAGUGCCUACGACAAAGAUGGAAAAGAAGUGUUUGGACGAGGCUGGAGCUUUGUGGAGCAAAUCGCUCGGGAUGGAGACACAAGGUUUGGUUUUGCGAGUGUCUUGAGGCAGAAGUUUGUCGAGCAGAUCAUGAGAGAGCAUCUUCAGAAAUAUGGGGUUAGCGUAAACCAGGUAAGCGACAACAAAGAUGGUGACUUUGAUUCCGAGGACCUUGGACAUGAAUUUGUCGGCAUGAACAUCGACAACGACGUUGAGCUUGGCGAUUACAAGAUAACUGCAAAAGUCCGGGUGACAAGGAAGACGACAACCAUUGGAAUUGAAAGCGUCGGCAGCAGAACGGAAGACAAAUGGGUACGAAUCGAUGGUGUGCUUCGGAGUACAACGCAUCCGAAAUCACGGUCAUAUGGUGCCAUUGAAAGUCCAAUCUAUGGGAACGUGCUCUGGAUCCCUCUCGAUCACGGCGCUACCAGGAUCGGAUUUGCUCUGAAUGAGGAGCGGCAGAAAUUGUACAAGGAAUUGAAUGAAGAGGCAUAUGUGGCUGAGGCCAAGCUGGCUAUUGCACCAAUCGAGAUUGAGUAUGAAAAGGUCGACUGGGCAAGUGUGUACAGUGUUGGGCAAAGAGUUGCAAAGACCUUCUCAGCACAUGGCUGUGUCUUCCUAGCAGGCGACUCAUGUCAUACCCACAGCUCUGGAGCAGGGCAAGGCAUGAAUGCAGGCAUGCACGAUGCUAGCAAUCUUGGCUGGAAACUAGCUCUAGUACUUCGAGGACUUGCAAGACCGGAAUUGCUCGAAACCUACGAUGCUGAACGACGACCUAACGCUGAAAGGCUCAUCAAGUACGACGAAGACAUCAGUGUCCUGGUUUCAGACCGAUUGCUAGCGAGCUGGAACGGUGACCCUCACGAAGACCCUAACGUAGCUCUCGGCACGAUCCUGCAGCAAGCCAAAGGCUUCAACACUGGCUUGACAAUCGGAUACGAGGCAAGCUUUGCAAUAGAAGCUGAAAGGCAUACCAAUGGGAAUCUUGGAAGUGUGAUCCAGUAUCAAUCGACUGUGCCCGCAGCAGCAAUAGCGGGCUAUCGUGCCCCCGACGUCAAACUACAAAGACCUGCGAUGUGGGAUGAGAUAUGGUUGCAGAAACUGACUCCGAACAUGGCAGUCUUCUAUAUCCUCGUCUUCGUGGGUUCCACACAAAAUUACGCCGAUUUUACAGAGCUGCAUCGCACUUUCACAACAGCUUGUACAACAAACACUGCUGACAAGGGACUCGACAGUGAGCUAGUACUAUACCUGACUAUUUUGCCAGAGAAGCCACCGAGCGCAUUCAUGGCACUCGGCAGUGAUCCACUAGGCGAAGUCUUCUAUGACGAGAGUGGCAGUGCUCAUGAACGUUAUGGUGUUGGUGCUGAAGGUGGUCUGUUCGUGCUUAGACCUGAUGGAUGGAUUGCAUUGCGUGUUGAGAGUCUGCGAGACCCGGGACAAAUAUUUAAGCGAGUGAAACAGUAUUUCAACAAGAUCUUGGUUUGA